CUACCAUAAAGCAAGCCCAGAAGCUCAUUCCUCAAGUGAAUAACUCAAUUACUCUUCUAAGAGUUUAAGGCAGCAUUGUAUCUCAUCGUUUCCAUUCUUCACCAGCGAGAUCAGAGAUGACGAUUGAUCAGCCCCAUUGCCUCACUGUUUCCCAGAAGGUAGCUGGAAAGCUCCUUGUUAGGUCGUCUACCCAUGUUCCGGAUCUCCAGACUUUUAGGGAUGGUUUCUACCAGCCAUUCUUGAACUCCAAGUUCAAGUACGGGAACUACACGAACUCGAUGUUGCAGCCACGCAACCUAUCCAUGGCUCCCUCAUAUGCAUCGCCUGUUUUCGUCCAAGCUCCUUCGGAGAAAGGCUUUGUUGGGUUCGCCAUUGAUUUUAUGAUGGGAGGGGUGUCUGCAGCAGUCUCCAAAACAGCUGCUGCUCCGAUUGAGCGUGUGAAGCUUCUGAUCCAAAACCAGGAUGAAAUGAUCAAGGCCGGCCGCUUGUCUGAACCAUACAAGGGUAUUAUGGAUUGCUUCAGCCGAACUGUGAGGGAUGAAGGGAUUAUGUCUUUGUGGAGAGGCAACACUGCAAAUGUCAUCCGUUACUUCCCCACUCAGGCCUUGAACUUUGCAUUCAAAGAUUACUUCAAGAGGCUUUUCAACUUCAGGAAAGACAGGGAUGGGUACUGGAAGUGGUUCGCCGGAAACCUGGCAUCCGGAGGGGCAGCAGGCGCUUCUUCCCUCCUGUUCGUCUACUCUCUGGACUACGCAAGAACACGAUUGGCCAACGACGCCAAAGCCGCAAAGGGAGGAGGCGCGCGCCAGUUCAAUGGCUUGGUUGACGUCUACCGCAAGACAUUAGCCUCCGACGGCAUUGCAGGGCUUUACCGCGGAUUCAACAUUUCAUGCGUCGGAAUCAUCGUCUACCGUGGCCUCUACUUCGGAAUGUACGAUUCUCUCAAGCCUGUGCUCCUCACCGGAUCCUUGCAGGAUAGCUUCUUCGCUAGCUUUGCCCUGGGCUGGUUAAUCACCAAUGGAGCUGGGCUUGCUUCGUACCCGAUUGAUACCGUCCGGAGAAGAAUGAUGAUGACUUCCGGUGAAGCCGUGAAGUAUAAAAGCUCAAUGGAUGCGUUCACUCAGAUCCUGAAGAAGGAGGGCGCCAAAUCGCUCUUCAAGGGCGCCGGUGCCAACAUCCUGCGUGCCGUUGCCGGCGCCGGUGUGCUCGCCGGCUAUGAUAAGCUUCAGAUGAUUGUUUUCGGCAAGAAGUAUGGAUCUGGCGGUGCCUAAAUACCUUCCGAUCCUCCCAUUAAUGUCACCGGAGAUGAAUUCUUGUUUCUUCUCAUCAAUUUUGAAUAAGCCUUUUGUUUAAAAGGGAAUUA